AUGGCGCUCCAGAUGCUUAGGGAGGGGAAGGACCAGUUUGAUCUGGUGAUCAGCGAUGUUCACAUGCCAGACAUGGACGGUUUCGAGCUCCUUGAGCACAUCGGUCUCGAGAUGGAUCUCCCCGUCAUCAUGCUAUCUGCGAACGAGGAGAUAGAAACUGUGAUGAAGGGGAUAACUAAUGGGGCGUGUGACUAUUUGGUGAAACCAUUGUGUGCCAAGGAGCUCAAGAACAUAUGGCAGCAUAUAGUAAGGAGGAGAAAUCCUCACCUAAGGAACGACCGCAGCAGCAUCAACAGUGGCAAGAAUUAUUAUGCUGAUGAGAAGCAGGGCCCUGCAAAGGACAUUAGGAAAUGCCCAGGGAUGAUUAAAUAUCAUGGUGAUGUCUCUCAUGAAAUCAAAGAGAACGUGGUGUUAUCGGCCCAGACAAAGCCAAGGGUGAGAUGGACCAAGGAGCUGCAUGGCAUAUUUUUGAAAGCUGUUAACCAGCUGGGCAUCGAUAAAGCAGUACCAAAAAAGAUAUUGGAUAUGAUGGAUGUGGAUUACCUCAAUAGGGAGAAUAUUGCAAGUCAUCUACAGAAGUAUCGGCUAUACCUCAAAAAGGUCAAAACAAAGGUCGAAAAUAACACAAUAAUGAACUCCAAUCCAUCUGCUGAUGCAUCAACUAGACUAAGCUCCUCGUUCAACGCAAUGAAAGAACCAGAAAGCUUUCAAUAUUACCAUGGACAUGGGCAGUAUCAGCCAUCUCGAAACAACUUUUCCACAAGGAUCGAUUCGCAUUCUCCGUCUUCAUUUGGAGCGGACAAUGUCAUGCCCACUCAGUCAAAACAGAGGGACGACUUGGGCAUGGGGCAAAUUGACAAUGGUGGUAGCAUGUUCCUCAAGGAUGUCACCUCUGCAUCAUCACCGUUGCCAGAUGCAAGACAACAUACCUCUUCCUCCAACUCAUAUGCAAACAUGCCAGCUGAUGCAUUUUCUUCUUUUCGUUCUUGUGGCAUAUCCUAUUCCAACAUUUUGUGUGGAAAGCCAUUGGAGGCAAGCAUAGGCAAUGAUACUGGCAACUACUUUGCAAGAAUACCAUAUGGUGGGUUGCUGGUGCAUGCAAAUCAGCUUCCAGUGCAACCGUCUCCCCAACUGAGACAUGGACACUCAUCUCAGAAGAAUCCAUGUGGAGACGACAAUAGGGACAUUGGCAAUUUUUGGCAAGAUGCAAAAUUGUCUGAUCAUGGUAAUACAGAUGGAAGAGAAUCACAGGCCAACAUCUUGAACAUCAACCAUGUCACAAGCCUUGCCACCGCAUCAGCUGGCAUGCUGACACCCGUUCGGCCCACGGUUUUCAUUCAGCCCGCUACGCUUGGGCCAGCACGCGAACUCGCCUCGCCCAGGGCCGGCUCACGAGUCACGCCGUGGCCAAGGGCGCCGCGAGCACCACCCGCCCCGCAGCUCUCCAGCUUCCGCGCACGCGCCGCCCUCGCCAGGCCUUUCUGGCCGGUCGCUGGCUCCGGGGGCAAGAUGCUGGGGGUCUCCACCGGCCAGCUGCUGGUCAUCCUCGGGGCCUGCUCCGUCAUGAUGAAGCCCAGCGACAUGAUUAAGAUGGCAAGGGUGGCAGGACGGAUGACAGGGAGAGCAGUCGGGCGCCUCAUGUUGUACCGCCGACAAAUGGACGACAUCUUCGAGCAGACUGCAGCGAAGAAGAUUAAUACGGAGCUUCAAGAUGCUAUGUCAAAGUUACAAUCAAUUGGUUAUGAAGUUCAGAACUUAUCUAGAUUAACUCCUGGCCAGUUUAUCAAGAGGCAGCAUAAUAGUGCAGAAGGCUUGGCUGAAGCAGGAUCAUAUGAUGGUUCUGCAAGUAAGCCAGAAGAAUUUCGUGAUCAAAUUCGCAGUAUGAUUCGUGAUGAAAUCGAAAGCUUUUGUAGAAAAAAUCCUGAACCAUUUAUGACGAUGUUGAAUAAUCCGGACAGGACUCAGAACUCUGCAAGCACAGCUGAAGCUACAAAGUUUGAUGUUGCUGAUAGAUCUACAAAGGGGACAUCUAAGGACAUGGAGUCGACGAAUACUGGCUCUACAGAUCUACAUACCCAAGCAAUGAUGUAUGCAAGGCUAAGUGAAUCCCCAGGAAUAAAGAUGAGUUCUUCGACAAGUGUGAGUUAUGGAGAAAAAUUCGAAGAGAGCAAUGGACUGCUAAAUAUACUCCCAAUAUCCGCUGAAAGUGCUGGAUUGCUUCCCAAACGCACAGAUGAACCAAAAGGCUCAGACAUACUCCUGGAGGCUGUGCUCGAGGCAGAGGUUGCAGAGAACGCCAAACUCUUCGUCUCACAGCCCCAUGAUCAGUUGCCCAAGGAGUAACAACAUCUUUGCAUAUUUUAAUGUGGUUUGAUAUAUUGCUUAGACAACAAUCUUUGUAAAUCUGAAGACAGCUAUGAUGGUUCCAUGUUCUGUUCUUCACCUCAGUGACGCCAUCUGACAUUACAUGGAUCUGAAUGGAGAUGGAACUGGAGGAAUGUUGACUGCUACGGUGUAAAUAUGUCUUCAAAUCGGUUUUCUGAUUUAAUUCGGAGCAGUAGUAGCUGUGUUGGCUGUUGCAUCUAUUUGCUUUAAUGAGCAAUUGUAAUGUGAAUGCACACUUUGAUGGUUGAAAGUUUAGUAGUGCAAUGGGAACCAUGAUCAGUUGAUCUCAUUGCGCUUUGUUUGUGAAAACUGAACUGUUCGCUUCAUAACCCUGUGGUUAGAUAGAACAGUUGUACUCCGUAGUUGGCAAUGAGAAUUUGACUGGUUUGUAAAUUGUACCUCUUUCAUUUUGAUAUUCUGGCAAAGAAAUCAUUUCUACA